AUGGAUUCGCACGACUGGAUUAAUCUCGCCGACACAGAACUCACAUUGCGUUUUCCGGGAGACCCUCCUCCGGUUAGUAGUAGUAAUGGGUGGCCGCCGGUGAGGGGGCGAAGAAUUAGAAAGAAGGGCGGCGAAGAAGAAGGAGAUCAAUACUGUACAUUGGUGAAGGUGGCAGUGGACGGAGCUCCGUUUUUGAGAAAGGUGGAUUUGGAAUCUUUCUCUACUUAUCAAGAGUUAUUGAGGACAUUAUUGGAAAUGUUCGACAUCCCACCUCGCGGUGAAGAAGCGAUUAUGAUGAUGAUAAGUAGGGUUGUGGUGAAGGGUAUAGAGUACAUACCCACAUAUGAAGACAAAGAUGGUGAUUGGAUGUUACUUGGUGAUGUUCCUUGGGAGUAA